UUUUUUUUUUAUAACAAAAGAUAUUAUGGCAUUAAAUAUUAAUAGAUAUUUGUAUGAAAGAAGAAUUUAUGGAACAGAAAAGGUGAAUAGAAUAAACAGACGAUUAACAGAUGCCGAUGUAUAUUCAGACAGAUUUCUAAUGGCAAAAAUGGCACUUGCAAAAGAAUUACCGGGACAUACAGGCUGUAUCAAUACAUUAUAUUGGUCAAAAGAUGGAGAUAAGCUAUUAACAGGCUCAGAUGAUACAAAACUGAAUAUCUAUUUUACAUAUGAGGAUUAUAAGCUUGUACAUUCAAUAAAUACAGGUCAUACUGCAAAUAUUUUUUCUGCCAAGUUUAUGCCAGAGACAUCAGAUAAUAUCAUUAUAUCUGGCGCUGGAGAUUCAGAAAUUCGUAUUUUUGACUUAAACAAUCCUAGUUUACCCUUAGAUUCAAUGUAUGUUUGUCAUAGUGACCAACUAAAAAAAGUAUGUGUUUAUGAAAAUAACCCAUUUGAAUUUCUUACUUGCUCUCAAGAUGGUACCGUAAGACAUUUUGAUCGAAGAGUACCACAUGAAUGCUCCAAACAUAAUAUAAGAUCAUUUAUUUAUGCACAAAGUAGACCUGCACGUCAAUUUCCACUUCCAAAAGGUGAUAAUGUACUGAAAGGAUGUCCCCCUCCAAUUGUUGAUUAUAGCAAAUACAAUAUUGAAUUGAAUAGUAUGUCAAUUAAUAAGCUAUUUCCUCAUUAUUUUGCAGUGGCCGGUUUAAAUGAUUAUAUCUAUCUUCAUGAUAGAAGAAUGCUGGGCUCUUCUUGGUCACAACAGACAGUAAGAACAAAUAACACGACAAAUGUCAUGGGUUCUUUAAGAUGCGUAAAAAGAUUUUCGCAUUCAGUGGAUGGUAUUAACCGAACAAGUAAACACAUUACAGCUUGUCAAUUUAGUAGAUAUAAUAGCUCUGAGCUCAUUGGAAGUUGGUCUUCAAAUGGUAUCUUUCUAUUCAACAUUCAUGAUUCUCCAGAAGAAUCUUCCUACGUAUCAAGCACAACUUUCGCUUCUGAUGUAGCACAAAAUAGGUUAAAUAAUGAGAAUAAUGUACAAAAUGCAGAUCAUACGACUUGCGAGACUUAUGAAUUAUCAAACACAAAGCAAAAGAAAUCCUUAUGGACUGACAUUAUUACUCAGUUUUACUUUGAACAUAAUUUUCAACAAACUUCAAGAGUUAUUAAAGAUUUAGAGAAUUACCUUGAAAAUAAUAAAUCAGAUAACUCUAUUGAUGCUGCUAUAGGUGAUGCAUGCAUAUUAAUUAUACGUGCUGUACUUUAUUCCUAUCAACGCCAUACAUCUGAAGAUAAUAAUAAUACUGACCAAGAUGGUACCGUGAAUGAAGACGAAGAACAAAUAACAGGUGAUAAUCAUCUUAUCCCUGUAGUUAAAAUCUUAAACACGUCCAAAGAAAAUAUGAGCAAAGCUGAACAGCUAUUAGAGCAUGUGAAAACAUGGCAAGCUUUCUGGUGUUUAUCUAUAGCAUAUUGGAUAUUAAGAGAGACUAGAAAUUCAUUCUCACAUCGUAAACUGUGUUUACAAAAGGCUUCUUAUUAUUUAAAUAAGGCUAUAGAAUUAUUUUCACAUCAGCUGUCAUCACAAGAAGCUGAGGCUUCAACAUCAAAUGCUCCCUUACAGACAAAUAGCAUGCAUUCAUAUCAGUUAGAUGAAAUAUAUUUAAUAAUGAUGAAAACUUUUAAAGCCGAUUUGGAUAGUACAUUUACAUGUGAAGGAAUAGCUAUACCAAAUUAUAAUUCGAAUUUUACUGAAGAUUUAUCAGCACACACUAUUCGUCAUACAUGGAUCCAAUUAUUGUAUAUAACUUUAUACAGUCCUAAUGAUCUGAGGCAAUUCUUAAAUUUUCAACAAGAAGAAAAUGAAGAAGAAGAAGAAGAUGAUAAUAGUAUAAAUACUAGUUCUAGUAGUAGUGAAAGCAAUGGAUUUGUAAUGUAUACAAAUUUUAUGGAUAGACAUAUUAUGAAUCUUUAUCGAAGAAGAAUGAUGAGCGAAGAUAAUGAUAAUUAUGAUUUAGAUUUAGAAGAAUUAACAGUCUUUCAAGAAAUUAUGAGACAAAAUUUCGAGACCCAUGUAGGCGUUGUAAAGCCAAGGAAGCAAUAUAAGGGGCAUUGUAAUAUUGAGACCAUUAAAGAUGUUGAUUUUUACGGACUCCGUGAUGAAUAUAUAAUAUCUGGUAGUGAUGGUGGUCAUUUAUUUAUUUGGGAUAAAGAUACAUCAAAAAUAGUUCAAAUAUUAAAAGCGGAUAAUGAAAUUGUUAAUGUAGCAAAGGGUCAUCCAAAAUUACCAAUUUUAGCAAUAUCAGGCAUUGAUUCAACAGCUAAAAUAUAUACACCAACCUCUAGACCAAGGCUGACUUCUGCUAAACUAGAACCAAAUAAUCCAUUAUCCUAUUCAAGCUCAUCGCUUAUGUAUGAUAUACAACGUAUUGUAGAAAAUAAUAAUGAAAAUAACGAAAGCAUUGAAGAGAACAUCUACAUUACAAGAAGUAUGAUUGCUUCCUUAUCGAGAUGGGGUAGGGCACGUCGAAUGCGUAGAUUAAAUCAUAAUCAAGAGACAUACAGAGGUCUAUCAGAAGACAAUGAUGAAGAAAAUGACGACGAUUUGGAUAAUAUUAGUGAUAGCGAUGGAAUAACAUUAGAGCAUAUCUUAAUGGAAAUUGACGAAGGUGACGAUUCGGAAUUAUAAAAAAAAAGCGUUGUUUAUAUGUGAAACAUAUUUCCUAAAGCUGACAUUCAGGGCAUUUGACAUGAUUAUUGGUCCUGUGUUAAUAUCAUGUAAAAAAAAAAAAAAAAAAUUAUGCAAUUUAUAAUAUAUUCUUUCCUUUUAUUUUCAUUUUUUAUCUCUCUCUCUCC